AUGCACCAGCAGUCGUCGCAGUCCGAGGACAUGGGCUUGGCCAGUCAACCCAGCUCGGCGUCGCGAAGUUCGGCGGCACUUCCGACCGCCUUCCGAAUGUCUCGACGGGACCUCAUCGCCACGGCCCUCCUCGUCUCGGGUGCGUCGGCCAUCGUCGUCACCGCCGCCAUCGCAGUCCGCAACCGCCACCGCCCGGAGCCGCUGCCGUCGCUGCUGGACCUCAAACCCCCUCGCGACAACCCCUGGCAGACUAGGCACCUGCCCCUCUAUUUUGAGUGUGAGUCGAGCGCGUGUCGUGCCACGGCCGAGGACCUGAGAAAAAACGUCGCUUGGACCCUAAAUCCUUGCGCGGACUUCUACGAGUACGUCUGCUCGAGUGACCGGGCGCGUACGAACGUGUACGACCAUGCAGUGGCUCACUACCUGCGCGAAGUCCGGGAGGUCAUCCGUAAAUACGAAAACCUGGGCUUCUUCUCCAGGACAGCUAUGUCUAAAAGAAUCACCCACUUCUUUUCCGCGUGCCAGUCCAGUCGGUUAGACUUGUCCUCCUGGAGGUCCCAACUGGCCCAUGUCUGGAAGUACCUGGACCUCAUCGGAGACUUGGCGGGUCUUGAGAGCAUGCUGGCCACGUUUUCGAGGGUCCUCGAAGUCUUCCCUAUUGUUCAAGUCAGCGUGCUUGAGGCGUCACGCAGGACGUGCGUGGUACUCACGAAGCCCGAUGGCACUGGUGCUGAUCGCAUCUUCUCUGUACCACACGUGUUCACGACUUCAUUCCGACGCUUCGCGUUGGACCUCCUGGGUCACACGGGACACGUGCCUGGUGAGGUGGAUGACCUCGUCAACUCCGCGGCCAAGGUAGAAGCCCAACUGCUGAAGUACUCGGGACCUCAGGGUGAGCGGUACUACCACCUGCACGAAUACGGAGACAUCCCUGCUUCGCAGGUCGGCAAUGGCAGCUCAGCCUUCGACUGGACCACAUAUCUGAGGAACUUCCUCACUGGAAUAGUCGCCGUGAAGGCCGACUCUUGCGUCAUCGUCAAGUCACCGGCGUACGUGAGGCACGUCGUCAAGGUCUUCGGCAAGGUCUCGAAGAAGGACGUACGUUCAUUCCUGAAGCUCAGGGCUGCCAUGACUCUCAUCCCGUUCCGCAAGCUCGCUGAUGGUCCAGAAAAGGAAGAAGUUGAGAGACUCUGCACGCUGGCCACGUACAAGCUCUACCGGUACGCUUUCCUCAAGGAGUUCAAUGACACGCAGCUCCUAUCGGUGUUUGUCAGCGCGGGAGAGAAGGAAGUAAUCGUGAGGAUGUCCUACAGAAACGUCCUCACGGAAGCCCAGCCCAUGUCAAACGCCACGAGCAGGGUUGAGGAGGCCAUGAAAAAAGCCAAAGCCAAGUACUUCCGAAUCAUCAGGGACGUCAACCGGUACUACCACAGCGAUGCCACAAAACCAGACAAGGAGAUCGCCUACAACUUCGUCCAGGGACUGGGGUCCAUGACGCAAUCUUGGCUUCGAGUCGUGGUCGCGUCCGGGGGCAAGAUCCAGGACAACCAGCUCAACGUGCGCUGGGACUUCGACCCGGACAAGAACAAGCUCAUUGUUCCCGUCUCCAUAGGCCACAUGAAGCUGAAGAGUGAAAAGGAGUUCUUCCUGGAAUCCACGAGUCUCGGAGGGGCCAUGGUGCAGUUCCUGUACAGGGCGUUUCACGAGAGAACCCUUUUCUCCGUGGGAACGGCUGAUCAGAACGAGCAUCGCAAAACGUCGGCCACGGCUUGCCUGGAGAAGCAGUAUGGUUCGAAGGCUAUCAACAGCACGAAAGUCAACGGACGCCGCGUCUUGAGAGCUGUGGCUGCAGACAACGCCCUUGUGCCGGUGCUCCACAAGGCCUUCAAGACCUCGCUGUAUAUCCACAAGAUCGAAGUCAUCAACUACAAGAGGCUUGAGAUGUCCUUAGCCAGCCUUCCUGACGUGGACGCCGAUCAGCUGUUCUUCCUGAUGUACGGCCAGACGCUUUGCGAACCGCACGAAGACACUGCUCGGGUUUUGGCAGAAGCACCAUGGCCCCCGGCAAAGAUAAGACUCAACAUGGCGCUGGCCAACUACCCGGAGUUCGCCAAGGCCUUCAAGUGCGGCAACGACACCGCCAUGAAUCCGAAGAAGCGCUGCUCGCUUUUCAACUCGAACUGA